AACCGUAUUGACUCAUGAGCAGACGAAUUUGACCUUGAGAGUCAAACAGAGCAGUCGCAGACAUACAAAACAACAAUUCUGUAGCUUCUUUUCUUGAGCUCACGGCCAUGGCGAGAAGCGAUCUUUUGAUUUUUGUUUCUACUCUUCUUCUGUUUCUGCCUCUACUUACGGGACUUGGCAAUUCUCAUAGCACAAACUACGAAUGGUUUGGUUUCAGGUAGCUGAUGCGGAAUUGGUGAAAUCUGAAAAGUUUCCUGUAGUGGUGAGUACUUGGCCUUUCCUUGAGGCCGUUAGAGCUGCUUGGAGAGCAGUUGAUACUGGGAGUUCUGCAGUAGAAGCUGUUGUGGAAGGUUGUUCUGCUUGCGAGGAACUUCGUUGUGACGGUACAGUUGGGCCUGGAGGAAGUCCGAAUGAGAAUGGUGAGACCAUGAUUGAUGCUUUAGUCAUGGAUGGGGUAACUAUGGAGGUUGGAGCGGUUGCUGCAAUGCGGUAUGUUAAAGACGGUAUAAGAGCUGCACAUCUAGUGAUGAAAUACUCUCAACACACAUUGCUCGCCGGAGAAGGAGCAUCAGCAUUUGCAAUCUCCAUGGGUCUCCCCGGACCCAUGAACCUAAGCUCCCCUGAAUCUGUAAAGAAGUGGUCGGACUGGAAAGAGAAUCAAUGUCAACCCAAUUUCAGGAAGAAUGUAGUCCCUGCAAAUGACUGUGGACCUUACAAGCCAAACAAUGGUGCUAUCAAUGUUUCUGGAUACAAAGGCACUGAAUCUUGCGAGAUGGGGGCGAUUGAGUAUAGACCUCCUCUUGUUGGUCCUCACAAUCACGAUACCAUAUCGAUGGCUGUCAUUGACAAAAUGGGGCAUAUAGCUGUUGGGACAUCGACCAAUGGAGCCACAUAUAAAAUUCCUGGAAGGGUUGGUGAUGGGCCUAUCGUCGGUUCAUCAGCCUACGCUGAUGAUGAAGUCGGUGGAUGUGGUGCAACUGGAGAUGGUGACACCAUGAUGCGCUUCCUCCCUUGUUACCAAGUUGUGGAGAGCAUGAGACAAGGAAUGAAACCAGAAGAAGCUGCUAAAGACGCAAUCUCGAGAAUCGCAAGGAAGUUUCCAGAUUUCGUGGGAGCCGUUGUGGCUGUUGACAAGAACGGGUCUCACUCAGGAGCUUGCCAUGGCUGGACGUUUCAGUACUCAGUCCAGAACCCUGACAUGGACGAUGUUCAAGUCUUCACAGUGCUUCCAUGAAACCAGUAAAUUAACUACUACUAAUCUUAUUGAAUUGUAGAAUUAGUAGUCUAUUUUGUUGGUAUAAAAUACACCACUACUUAAUCUUAUCGAGUGAGUUUCUUGAAACUAUGGGUCAUGGAUCAUAGGAUUGAAGGUUUCUAAAAGUGAUUGUAGUAACAACAAAGAAACGGCACGAAGUUCAUGUCUGGAAAUAUGGAAUGGCAAGCUCGUUUGGAA